CGUUUCUGGCUGUAUGGUUGUGUGUCAGUGUGUUUUAAAAAAAUAACUUAUAUUGUUCUUGGUUAACCUCUUGCGUAUAUAAAUUUUAUAAGUUUUUUUUUGUGAUAAAUAACGUUGUUAGAAAACCUGCACACUUGAGAAUUGUCAACGGUGCGUCAAGUCACGUCAGAAGCUUAAAGUCUGACACCAGGUUAUCAGCCGUAAGAUAAUUAAGAGAGAGGAUAUUAAGUUCGGGUUACUGGCAAGAGAAUCUCAUUUUAUUGGGUACACAGAUGGCGUUGUUGCGGUGACAUUAGAAACAAUUGCCACCUGACAUGAUAACCGCAGCUGCUGGUGGUGGAUCCGUACCAGUAUGGUGUUAGGCAUCCCGUUCUUCCUAUUUUCCCGCCAAGUGAACUGUCAAAAUAUCUCGAUUUAUCUUCUAAUACGACUUAUGCGCCUGCACCGUUGUGAGGGCUGUCUUGCGGCGUGCGGCCGCCAGCGCCGCGCCACGCCGCUCCCCACGCUACCACGCUCCUUAGUUAAGACUAAACUAUACAAACGCAGUCGCCGCACCCCCUACACUUUGGCCGCGAUGAGUAAAAAGAACUGCGUCGACAUGGUGGACGCCACGCCGCCCACGCCGCCCGAUACCGACGCGCCACCUAUGCCCUGGUUCGGCAUGGACAUCGGCGGCACCCUCACCAAGCUGGUGUACUUCGAGCCGCGCGAGACCAACCGCCGCGAGAUCGACAAGGAAACGGAAGUCCUCAAGAACAUCAGACGGUAUCUCACCAGAAACUCGGCGUAUGGGAAGACUGGAAGACGAGAUGUGCACUUACAGAUGGACAACGUCGAGAUCCGCGGUCGUCGCGGGACGCUGCACUUCAUCCGGUUCCCGACCUCGGAGGUGGGCGCCUUCCUGCAGCUGGCGCGCUCCAAGGGCAUGGCCGACCUCGUCAACACCAUAUACGCUACCGGCGGCGGGGCCUACAAAUUUGAGGAGGAUUUUAUUAAGGAAGUAAACAUGCGUCUAUCGAAAAUGGACGAAUUGGAUGCGUUAAUAGCGGGCGUGCUGUACGUGGACAGUAUGAACGCGCAGGAGUGCUACUACUGGGCCACGCCCGACGAGCAGCCCGUCCAUACACAUGUGUGUGACUCGCCGCCGUAUUCGGAAGCCGCCCUGAGCGUGUACGUGCGCAAGCCGUUCGACUUCUCGUCCCCGUACCCGUUCCUGCUCGUCAACGUCGGCAGCGGCGUGUCCGUGCUCGUCGUCAACGCGCCCAACGACUACUACAGGGUCAGCGGGACCAGUCUAGGCGGCGGUACCUUCCUAGGGCUGUGCUGCUUGCUGACAGGAUGCAGUAGUUUUGAAGAAGCGAUAGCAUUAGCAGCGUCUGGUGACAACACUACUGUCGAUAAACUAGUGAGGGACAUCUACGGAGGGGACUACGCCAGGUUCGGGCUGCCCGGGGACCUGGUGGCUAGCAGUUUCGGUCAGAUGUGUUCUGCGGAGCGUCGCGCGCGCGUGUCCCGCGCGGACCUGGCGCGCGCCACGCUCGUCACCAUCACCAACAACAUCGGCUCCAUCGCCAGGCUCUGCGCCAGCAACGAGCACAUCGAGAGGGUGGUAUUCUGCGGUAACUUCCUCCGCGUGAACCCUCUCUCUAUGAAGUUGUUGUCUUACGCAAUGUCGUACUGGUCUCGAGGCGCGCUCAAAGCAUUGUUCUUGGAACAUGAGGGUUACUUUGGCGCCGUCGGCUGCCUCCUACACCUAGACACGAAGAACCACAAGCAGAACCGCUGCCCGCCCCCCGAGAACCAAGCGGACAGAUGAGCGAAACACAACCCUAACUCCAUUGUUAUAAGACUCAAAUCGCGAUGCGCCUAUAUGUAUUGGUUGUACCAUAUAAAGCAAUGUACAAACGUUA